CCCCGCAGCCUUCUUUCUUUCUAUCUCUACACUGUUUCUCUCUUCUCUAAUCUUCACUGUACUUCCAUUAUUGAUUUUUCAAUUUUUUUUUGGGAAGAAAUAGGGAAAACUCUUGAGGAAGAAACCCACUUUUUCCAUGGUGGAUGUGGGGAAGCGCUUUCCGAUCGCCAGCGGAGCCUUCUUCUCCGACGUCUUUUCCGUCAUGAAAACCAGACGAACAGUUGCUUUUGCAUAUGGGUUCACGUUUGCAUUCGUUCUUUUUACUGUUUUUCUAGCAUUUAGUCCUUCUCCGGAUCCUUCUGCUCCUUGGUUCACCAACAUCUUCACCUCCGGCACUUCCACUUCCGGUGAAUCCACCGGUUCUUAUAAAUCUCAAUUGUCUUCCUUUUUCUCUUACUUUUUCUCGAACAGUUCUUCUCAACAACAACAAGAAGAUCGUAACUUUACUUCCUCUCUUCCUACACAGACAAACACCUCUCGAUCUACAAACUCCGGUACUCGAUCUCCGGUGACCGGUAAAGGGUUACCCUUUGUGAAAAACAGUUCCAGUACGCUACCCAGUUCAAAAAACACAACGUCUCAAACCCCCAGCACAAUUACAGAGCGUUCCGUUUCAAAAAAUCAAACCCAAACUACAGUUUUGCGUGCAAAUCAAACAGCAAAUGUUGGUGGUGUGAAUAAAAAGCCCCCAAAUGCAAGAAAUCAGACUUUGAGUGGAAGUGAUUCUGGCAAAGUUCAAACCUUGAAGUCCAAUCAGGCUUCGAUUUCAGCUCCGAAGCCUCCGGUUAACCAAAGCACAAGUUUUCCGGUGCCGUCGGGUUCUCCGGGGAAGGGAGAGAAGAGUGUGGUGGAGAAGAGGGCAGGAGGGAAUAACACCUUUACUGCUUCUCUGACCCAGAAGCAGGAGAAUGAGACGAAACAGAGCAAAGGCAGUGAUUCCUCGCCGGCGUCAGCGAAACAGGGGGUUGAGAAUCUGAUGCAGUCGUUGAUGAAUUGCGAUUUGUUUGAUGGGAAUUGGGUCAGGGAUGAUUCGUAUCCGCUGUACAAAGCUGGGUCUUGUUCCUUGAUCGAUGAACAGUUCAAUUGCAUUCUCAAUGGAAGGCCUGAUAAAGAUUAUCAGAAGAUGAAGUGGAAACCCAGAGGAUGCACUUUACCAAGGUUGAAUGGAGCUCACAUGUUGGACCUGCUGAGGGGGAAGCGGCUUGUUUUUGUUGGUGAUUCCCUGAAUAGAAAUAUGUGGGAAUCUCUGGUUUGCAUCUUAAGAAGUGCUGCUAGAAAUCCAAUGAAUGUUUAUGAGGCAAAUGGAAGGUCAUAUUUUCGAGGGGAAGCUUCGUAUUCCUUCAUAUUCAAGGAUUAUAACUGUACUGUAGAUUUCUUCGUGUCUCCUUUCUUGGUUCGAGAAUGGGAAGUGGCAGACAAUAAUGGAACAAAGAAGGAGACUCUUCGGCUUGAUCUAGUAGGGAAGUCUGCUGAUCAAUAUAAAGAUGCAGAUAUCAUCAUCUUCAACACAGGACAUUGGUGGACACACGAGAAAACUUCGAAAGGGAAAGAUUAUUAUCAAGAAGGCAGUCAUGUUUAUAAUGAACUGAAUGUUCUCGAGGCUUUCCGGAAAGCAAUGACAACGUGGGCUAGGUGGGUUGAUGCUAAUUUAAAUCCAAUGAAGUCUAUGGUUUUCUUCAGGGGUUAUUCCGAUUCUCAUUUCAGUGGUGGCCAGUGGAAUUCAGGAGGAGCAUGUGAUAAUGAGACCGAACCCAUCAAGAACGAGAAAUAUCUAACACCAUAUCCAUCAAAAAUGCUGGUGCUGGAGAAGGUGCUGAGAGGUAUGAAAACCCAUGUCACCUACCUAAAUAUCACCAGAUUGACUGAUUUCCGAAAGGAUGGUCACCCUUCAAUCUACCGAAAGCAAAAGCUUACCGAGGAGGAGAGGAGAUCACCGCUACUGUAUCAAGAUUGCAGCCACUGGUGCCUCCCAGGUGUGCCAGAUGCCUGGAACGAGCUUCUUUAUGCUGAAUUGCUUGUAAAGGAGAGCAAAAUGCGGCAACAUCAAAGAAGAGUACAAGAGCUUCUAGUACAUGAGAUGCGGCAAAAUCAAUGGAGAAUAUAGGUAAAAGAAAAAUAAUUCAAUACAGUUCUUUUGCUUCAUUUUUAAAUUGUAGAAACAGAUUAAAAAAGAAUGAAGAUCUAGGAGAGUGUUAAUUUUUUUCCUUGUGAUAGUCAAUAAUAGAAAAAUGAGCAAGUGUUCUUGGGGAGAUCCAUCUCUUCUUUUAUAAUUCCAUUUGUUUUUUAUCUUCAUGGAAGAAGAGAGGGUUAGUUAAGAGUAGAGAAUAUUUGGUUGGUAAGAUUUCCAAGAUAGCAUUCUGAAAUCUAUCCCAUUCCAUGCCCCCCAACCAUGUUACGGUUGUACAUCUUUAAUUAUUUAGUUUUAGUUGAAAUAAAUACAUUACCUAUUUAUUAAAUUUCUCAUAUUUUU